AAACCAUGCUUUAAAAUGUAAACCACGGUGAAUUUUCCUCAAUUGUCCAGAAGCAACUUUCGCUCUGAGCCUGGAUUAACCAUGAGAGAGCUUGUCAACAUUCCACUGUUACAGAUUCUCACCCUGGUUGCCUUCAGCGGGACUGAGAAACUACCAAAAGCUCCCGUCAUCACCACACCUCUCGAAACCGUAGAUGCCUUGGUGGAAGAAGUAGCAACUUUCAUGUGUGCCGUGGAGUCCUACCCUCAGCCCGAGAUUUCUUGGACCAGAAAUAAAAUCCUCAUUAAGCUGUUUGACACCCGCUAUAGCAUCCGGGAGAAUGGUCAGCUCCUCACCAUCCUGAGCGUGGAAGACAGUGAUGAUGGUAUCUAUUGCUGCAUAGCCAACAAUGGAGUGGGGGGAGCCGUGGAGAGUUGCGGAGCUCUACAAGUGAAGAUGAAACCUAAAAUAACCCGUCCUCCCAUUAAUGUAAAAAUUAUAGAGGGAUUGAAAGCAGUCCUACCGUGCACAACAAUGGGCAACCCCAAGCCAUCUGUCUCCUGGAUCAAGGGGGACAGUGCUCUCAGGGAAAAUUCCCGCAUUGCAGUUCUGGAAUCGGGGAGUUUAAGGAUCCAUAAUGUGCAAAAGGAAGAUGCAGGACAGUACCGAUGUGUGGCAAAGAACAGCCUGGGCACAGCUUAUUCCAAACUUGUGAAGUUGGAAGUUGAGGAAGACAGUGAACCUGAGCAGGACACUAAAGUUUUUGCAAGAAUCCUGCGUGCUCCUGAGUCCCACAAUGUCACCUUUGGUUCCUUUGUAACCCUACGCUGCACAGCAAUAGGCAUUCCUGUCCCCACCAUCAGAUGGAUUGAAAACGGAAAUGCUGUUUCCUCAGGGUCCAUUCAAGAGAGUGUGAAAGACCGGGUGAUUGACUCAAGACUCCAGCUGUUUAUCACCAAGCCGGGACUCUACACGUGCAUCGCCACCAAUAAACAUGGAGAGAAAUUCAGUACCGCCAAGGCUGCAGCCACUGUCAGCAUAGUAGAGUGGAGUAAAUCCCAGAGAGACAGCAAAGGUUACUGCGCCCAGUACAGAGGGGAGGUGUGCGAUACAGUUCUGGCCAAAGAUGCGCUUGUUUUUUUCAACUCUUCCUACUGGGACCCUGAGGAGGCCCAAGAGCUGCUGAUCCACACUGCGUGGACUGAACUGAAGGCUGUGAGCCCACUCUGCCGGCCCGCUGCCGAGGCUCUGCUGUGUCAGCACCUCUUCCAGGAGUGCGGCCCUGGAGCGGUACCUACGCCCAUGCCCGUUUGCAGAGAAUACUGCUUGGCAGUAAAGGAGCUUUUCUGUGCAAAAGAAUGGCUGGCAAUGGAAGGAAAGACCCACCGAGGACUCUACAGCUCAGGGAUGCACCUCCUCCCGGUGCCAGACUGCAGCAAGCUUCCCAGCAUGCACCAGGACCCCAUGGCCUGCACAAGACUGCCAUAUUUAGAUUAUAAAAAAGAAAACAUAACAACAUUCCCACCAAUAACGUCCUCCAAGCCAAGUGUGGACAUUCCAAAUCUGCCUUCCUCCACCUCGUCCUUCGCCGUCUCUCCUGCAUACUCCAUGACUGUCAUCAUCUCCAUAAUGUCCAGCUUUGCCCUCUUUGCUCUUCUUACCAUUGCUACUCUUUACUGCUGCCGAAGAAGGAAAGAAUGGAAAAAUAAGAAAAGAGAGUCAGCAGCGGUGACCCUCACCACACUACCUUCUGAGCUCCUACUGGACAGACUCCAUCCCAACCCCAUGUACCAGAGGAUGCCACUCCUUCUGAACCCCAAGUUGCUCAGCCUGGAGUACCCCAGGAAUAACAUUGAGUAUGUCAGAGACAUCGGAGAGGGAGCGUUUGGAAGGGUCUUUCAGGCAAGGGCUCCUGGCUUACUGCCUUACGAACCUUUCACUAUGGUGGCCGUGAAGAUGCUUAAGGAGGAGGCCUCAGCAGAUAUGCAAGCAGACUUUCAGAGGGAGGCAGCCCUCAUGGCAGAGUUUGACAACCCCAACAUCGUGAAGCUCUUAGGUGUAUGUGCGGUAGGAAAGCCUAUGUGUCUGCUCUUUGAAUACAUGGCCUAUGGUGACCUCAAUGAGUUCCUCCGAAGCAUGUCCCCUCACACCAUGUGCAGCCUCAGCCACAGUGACCUGUCCACGAAGGCUCGGAUGUCCAGCCCCGGUCCCCCUCCACUGUCCUGUGCGGAACAGCUCUGCAUUGCCAGGCAAGUGGCAGCCGGUAUGGCCUACCUGUCCGAGCGUAAAUUUGUCCACCGGGACUUAGCCACCAGGAACUGCCUGGUGGGGGAGAACAUGGUGGUGAAAAUUGCAGACUUUGGCCUCUCCAGGAACAUCUACUCCGCAGACUACUACAAAGCUAAUGAAAAUGACGCCAUCCCUAUCCGUUGGAUGCCACCUGAGUCCAUUUUCUACAACCGCUACACCACGGAGUCGGAUGUGUGGGCCUAUGGUGUGGUCCUCUGGGAGAUCUUCUCCUAUGGCCUGCAGCCCUACUAUGGGAUGGCCCAUGAGGAGGUGAUUUACUAUGUGAGAGAUGGCAACAUCCUCUCCUGUCCUGAGAACUGCCCCUUGGAACUGUACAACCUCAUGCGCCUGUGUUGGAGCAAGCUGCCAUCGGACAGACCCAGCUUCUGCAGUAUCCACCGGAUCCUGCAGCGCAUGUGCGAGAGAGCAGAGGGAACGGUGGGGGUCUAGAGUUGACUGUGUUCAAACAACACCCAGUAGGCUCUUUUCAGACUGUGAGCUGGAGGAAUCCUGUGGCAGAGGUAGGAUAGGACCGGAUAGGAAAGCAUUUAAUGUAGACAUCACGAGCCAGUUGCUUUUUGCCACAAGAAACAGAUGGUGAAAAACCCGCAGUGCAGAAGAGUCUCAUUAAAAUAGGAGGUUGGAGACACAAGCUAGGAAAAGUAAGAUGGUCGCAGGUAGCUCUUCUCUCUUGCAGGGCAGUUCCUAGUACAUAUGGUAUAAUGAGAUUACCUCUGGUUCCGUUCCUGCAUCACCCCUCAGAGUGAGACUACUGUGCUUGGUUGAAUCCAAAGCUGGACGUGCCGCUUCAUUUUUUUUUAAAUUUUUUAUUUUUUUAGCUUCAUUGUUGAUGGAAGACAACCUGUCCAUUGCAAAAGCAGCAUGUCUCUGUGUACAUUUCGGUAAGGACAGAAAUCUAAAGACAAGAACCAUUCUUUCAUCACUCAAGACACACGAUAGGUCCUUUCUAUUGCUUACUUCUUUCUUGCAUUGAUUGUGCAGUUACAUAUUUGCAUUCUAUAGUUGCGCAUCUAUUUUACCGAUGGGUGGGAAACCCGCAAGCUCCUUGCUGACCGCACUUCCUGGCUCCUUUUCUGUCUGACCUCCGCCGGAAGUCUUUCCUUGGUGUGCACUCAUCACAGAGGUGAUUCGCCUCAUUCCUCCUGUUUUUCUAGGAAAAAAAUACUUCAUAA